GUGAGACAGCACAAAAUCUAGUGUCAGCAAUCCUCAGUAAUGAGGAAAUAAUUAACACCCUGGCCAAUGCGUGUACCACGGGCCAAAAUAGUACUAGUAACCGUAUUCAAUACCGUUCUACGGAUGAAGAGAUGUAUUCACUUUUUCAUCGUGGAAGACCGAAUGCAGGGAUGAGCCUCACAGGCCAGGCAGUUCCCGUUCAUCAGGCUAACUUUAACCAAAGUGGUCCAACAGCGCCCCUUCUCAGCGUUAAUACAGAGAGGAACACGCCUUCAACUUCACAGAUGCCCCUAUCUACAACCUUCGCCCGUUCACUCGAAGGGGCCCAAGGAACAAGAGGUUCCAUGCACAGUUAAGCAGUUCUGUGGCUCAUCCCUUCACCAGAGAGGUAAUUCUCCUGCCAGACCAUACAUAUACAGAUGUGCCAAGGCGUGCCAGGAAAGCUUGGCUUUUUGAAAAUGGACAUAUAAAAUCUGCCUUGGAAUUUGGCUGUGACUGGGACUCCGACAAAGUAAUGCAGGCAAUUAUGGCGGCCUUCCAGCCAAUUGUGGAGGGAUGCAGGUUACAGAUCUUGAUGCCAUGCCACAACAAACUACUUGAGCCAUCCCUUACCUCCAAUCAGACUUUGAGUGGAGCCCUUGUCAAAAAACUGUUUCAUCAGAAGUCCAUUUAUGUCAGGCCUGACAAGGUCAUUUUAAGUGAGGAAAAAGAAUCCUCAUGUUCUGAUGAGGACAGUAGCCAUACAAACAGCCGUGAUGUCUCAGAAAUAUCGGACACUGACAAAUGUGCCAACUCCACUGUUGAGGCCCAGUCCCUCUUCAGUAAUACCCCUUCCAUCUCCAGUGAUGAUCAAGUUAUCUGGUGUGUUGCCACCCAAGACAUUUGCACCGAUGCACCUUCCAUCUCAGCUGACACCCUCACCGUGUCCACUAGUGCUCCUGUCAUCACUAUUGAUGAGACUCUCACCUUGUCCAGUGGAACUUCUGCCAUCUCAAGUGGCAACACCCAUGGCUUGUCGAUUGGUCCCACUGUCAAUGCUAGUGGUGACACACAUUUGUUCUCUGCUAAUAACACCUCUGGUGUGUCCCAUGGUCCCACACAACCCAUCUGGGAAUAGUUCAUCCAGCACAUCCUACAGGUACAUC